AUGGACAGCUUCCGCCGUCCCAGUGAUGCCAAUACUGCCGGCGACAGUAAUUCCUCUGGCUCUAGAGAAGAGCUGAAGUCUACUUCCGGAAAUUCAACCCCUCCUCACAAACGUAGCUUGUCUGGGGGCUUGUUGUCAAAACUAUCAUUUCUGAGAUCUACCAGUGACGAACAUCACUCACCAGUGGACAAUGGGCCUCUGAGCCCUGAAUUCACGACUGGAGAUGACAAAACUUCUGCCAAAAAGUCCAAUCGAGCAAUGGCAGUAGCUGUGCAGCAACAAAAAACCAGAAGACGAAAAGGCUCACUGAGGAAGGCGGCGCUCCUUGGCAGAGGUGCUCAACGAGAAAGAAAAGAUAUCAGAACUCUGGAUCUCGAGACGGACCAUAAUUUAUACGGCGGCGACAUGUCAACAAGUCCUACUUCACCAGACGAGCCACCUCAGGUUGGUACCUUUGGGCUUGGUCUCGACACCACGCCACGCCCGUCAAUGGACGGCUAUGCCAGCAGGGUCACGCCUCUGCUAUCUCCUAUCAAAACACUUCCAAUGGGCAACGACGACCACGCCCUGACAACCAGUCCAACCUUGACUUACACAUCAACUACUGAUGAGGACGACAUCCUCUCUAUUCCAACCCACAGUCUUCCAGCUGCCAGAGGUCUUCCUCCAAACUCAUCGGGAUCCGACUCGUAUUUUCCACCGGGAUCUGGCUCACUAACCCGAAGACGCUCUGGUCAGAAACCAAAGUCUCCAUUGUCGAUUCCUGGCCUUGCAGUGAGUCCCCUUCCGGUUCCUGACACCGACUGGGACUAUUCCGAAACCGAAUGGUGGGGCUGGAUCAUCUUGAUCGUGACCUGGAUUGUUUUUGUUACCGGUAUGGGUUCUUGUCUUGGUGUCUGGAGUUGGGCUUGGGAUGUUGGAGAGACGCCUUACGCUCCCCCAGAACUUGAGGACGACGUCACUCUUCCGAUCGUUGGCUACUAUCCUGCUCUGAUGAUUCUGACAACAGUCAUGGCAUGGGUGUGGGUAGUUGUCGCUUGGGUCGGCAUGAAAUACUUCAGGCACGCGAAGAUCAGUGGAGAUUGA